AUGGGCUACAUUUAUGAGGGGAUGGAUAGGGUGAAGGAGGCCAUUAGAGCCAUUUAUUUUGGGAAUCAUGUUCAGUAUCGUCCUAUAUGGGAGGUCAUUGAUCGACGAUGGCACAAUCUACUUGACAGGCUUAUACAUGCAACUGCCUACUACCUUAAUUCGGGAUUCCAAUUUCGCCCGGAUUUCAAGGCCAAUGAUGAGGUGUUGAGUGGGCUUUACGAAGUUGUAGAGCGAAUGUCACCUGAUUUAUUAGUUGGAGCACACAUAGUCCGUGAGGUAGAGAUGUUUAGGAAUGCACAAGGAGACUUCUUCUCACGAGACAUAUGCAAGCAAAACCGGACACAAAUGAUGUCAGAUGUUUGGUGGGAGAUGUUUGGUAAUAAGGUGCCAAAUCUACAAAAGAUUGCAAUUCGUAUCUUGAGCCAGCCAUGUAGUGCUUCAAGAUGUGAGCGCAAUUGGAGCAUGUUCGAGCAUAUUCACUCCAAAAAGCGCAAUAGGUUGGCAAUUGAAAAGUUGAAUGAUUUUGUGUUCGUUCAUUACAACCUUCGCCUCCAUCACAAACAGAUCUUGGGCACUGACACAUCUCCUAUCACUUUAGAGGAGGUUGAUCCAGAGGGAGAGUGUAACACUGAGCUUGAUAAUCCUGUCUUCAAUGAUGAAGACUUAGACUAG